AUGGCGGACAUUUUUGUCAUAUUUUAUUUGUUAUUGUUAUUAUCAUAAUAACAAAAGCAACAUGUAUAUUUGUUGAUAUAAAAUACAUCUCUUUUGAAAGUUAAAAAAAAUAUUAAUUACUCCGAUUACUCCAAAAAAAAAUGUCUGAGCGUCAAAUUAAGAAGCGAAAAAUUGAUACAGACAAUAAAAUUUCUACUGAAAAUAAAGAUGAAAUUAAAGACAAUAAUGUUACAUUAUUUUUUGAUGUUGUAAAAAUUUUAUUCAAGUAUUUACUUGGCAAAGAUCUCAACAAUGCCGCAAUGGUUUGUAGAUUAUGGCAAGAUGUAGCAUCAAGUGAAAUUGAAAAAAGAAAUUCAAUUACUAAAUUGUGUAAUUGGAAAGAAGCAUUUGAUAAUCCAAAAUCAAAGAAUCAUUUUAGUAAUUAUUUAACAACAAAACCAAUGCUUGGAUUUUUAUUCAAUGCUGCUGAUGAAUCAUCACUUGAUUCUUUGAGUAAAUAUGUACCUAAAAAUUGUGUAACAUUGUUAAUAAACAAUGCUGGUAUUGUUUUUAAUGAUAAAGAAAAUGAAGAUGCUAUUGGUAAUGUUUUAAUGACAUACCUAACAUAUAAUUCAGAUGUUAAAAUUGAGUAUAUAGUGGAAACAUCAAAACGUAUUACUAAUUUUGAUAAAAAGCUUAAUGUACUUUAUGAAAGACAAUUACCAACAAAAUUAAGAAUGGCAACUAUUUUUAAUGAUUCAUUUAAAAGACUUAAAAAUGUCAAAUGUUUUAUAUACUUGACUUCACAAAAAGCUAGUAAUGGUAUUCAUCGUUUUUACAUAAAACCUCUAAAAAAUUAUUCAAAUGCAUUGUGGGGAGGUGUUUCAGAUUCACUGACAAUAUGUAAAAAAAAUAAAAAUGAAGAGAUUAAUUCAAUUGCAAUAUUGAUAUCAGGUUCAAAAAUUGAUAGCUGGUCAAUUGUUAUUCGUUCAAGAAGAAAUGAUAAAAAUAUUGUUGAAGAAAGAUUACUAGAAAUGAAAAGUAAUAUUAAAAGUUUAUUUAAACAUACUAUUGGAUUUAUGUAUGCAUGUGUUGGCAGAGGUGAACGUUUUUAUUCAGAAAAGAAUGUUGAAUCAUCAUUGUUUAAAAAAGUAUUUCCAAAUAUUCCAUUAGUUGGUUGUUUUGGUAGUGGUGGUGAAUAUGGCACAACAACAGUUGGAUCUGAAGCCGGUACCGGUAAUAAAUUUUAUCAAUACUCCACAGCUUUUAUGAUACUAACAUAUGGCUAGUAAUUUUAACAACGAAAAAACAAAUAAAAAAUUCCAAAUAAAAUCAAGAAAAGAAAAAUAUACUGUCUACCUUAAUCUACAAUAAAAUGUAAAAUAAAAUAAAAUAAAAUAAAAAUGCAGUUUAAAAUAUUAUCAUAUUGAGAUACAUUAUAAUAAGUAUUUAAAAAAUAAAAAAAACAAAUGUUAUUUUCACAUUGAAAGAAAAAAAA